UUAUUUAGCCCUAGUAUGGCUUGAUAUUGUAUAAAGAAGAAAGAAGGAAAAUCUGAAGAUAGAGAAGUGGGUCAAGAUGAGCCGAGUGUUAAUAACCAGUUGCAUUCACAGAAGCCCAUGGAUUUCUGUGUCAAUGUAUCAGAGAAACUUACAGCACUCAAAGCUGGUCAGAACAAGUAUACACAUGUUACAGAAUAGAUAUUAUGUACAGAACAGUAAAAAUGGAGAAAAUGAUAAGACAGCAGAUGAAAACCAGAGCCCAGAUGCUAAAGUAAACCCGCAAUCGGAUCCCAGUCAGGUUAAAGGUGCUUCCCGUAAUUGUCAGAUUCGCCAAAGGUUCAGUAACUGGAUGCAAGCUGUUAUUAAGAUGGUGAAGCCACCAGUCUCUCCAGGUCCUAACACAGGAUCUGGUCCCAAACAUAAUUAGCGACCACUUUGCCACAUACUGCUCUGUGAAUGAUUAUCGUUGUGGAGAGGGGGUGUUAUUUGCUUUAUGUUGUCGUGAAGACAAGGGUAGUUUAAAUUUGUGUUUAGUUUCAGAGUUGCAGGGAAUCUAGGGUUUUAAAUUGCAUGAAUUACACCAGAAGCUGUAGUUUGUUCUGUAUAUGUAAAUGUAUUCCUGGGUUCUUUGAUUUGUAUACAUUUUCUCUUUCUUGAAUCUUCUUCAGUGCCAUCUGAAUGUGAAGUUCAUAAACAAAUAAGUUUGGAAAAUAUGUACGAGCAUGAAUCAAGAUUAUAACACUUUUAUUAUGAUUAAAUCACCAAUAUGCAAUGGAAUCAAAGCAAUAUUUCCAUGUUCA